AUUGUAGGGCAAAUUGUUUACAAUUUGAUACGUUAACCAAAGUAUAUAAAACCUCGGCCGUAAUAAUUAUGUGUCAUUGUUUUAAUCCAGUUUUUACCUAACUAAAAUUUCUCAAUAUUUAUAAUACAAUAAAAUGGCGUCAGUUUCAAGAAUAAAAUGGAUUGCAUUGAUAUUUGUUUUUGGAUGCCCAAGUACAUGCGAAUGCCUGAAAAUUGCUGUAAUUGGAGCAGGAGCAUCUGGGCUAACUAGUGCAAAGAAUGCCAUUGAACAGGGACAUGAAGUGUAUGUUUUCGAAAAGACUGCGGUACUCGGAGGCGUAUGGUAUUAUACAGAAGAUACCGGAAAAGACCAAUAUAAUGUUGUUAUUCACACACCGAUGUAUCGUGAUCUUAGAACAAAUGGACCGUAUCAAACGAUGGAGUUUUCUGAUUUUCACUUUCCACCAGGGACGCAAUCUUAUCCUUCACAUGAAGUUGUGUGGACAUAUUUAAAUUCGUAUGCGCAAACAUUUAAUGUUACGGAACGCAUAAAAUAUCAACAUUUGGUUGAGAAAGUUCGUUCAAUACCAAACAAUAAGUGGGAAAUAAGUGUAAAAAAUUUGAAGAAUAAUAAUCGAACGGAAACAAGUACAUAUGAUUCCGUGUUUGUUUGUAAUGGUGUUUGUUCUUCGCCAGUUUAUCCAAAUAUUCCAGGCAUCACAGAUUUCAAAGGAGAAUAUCUGCAUAGUCAUGAUUAUCGUAUACCAGAACCAUACAAAGGAAGGAACGUCCUAGUUGUAGGAGCUGGUGCAAGUGGAGUAGAGAUAGUACGUCAACUCUCAAGGGCUGGUAGCAAUGUGACGCUCAGCCGCCAUGAACGUCCUGAUGAAUCGGAAAAUUUGCGUAAACGACGUGAACAACUAUACGAAUGCACACUGAAAGACGAUGUCAAGCGUGUUACAGCCUACGGUGUUGAUUUUGAGGAUGGAACAAGUGAAAAAUAUGCAGCUAUUAUUUACGCCACAGGUUACGAGCAUAAAUAUCCAUUCCUGGACAAAAACACUGGAAUCCAGGUUAUUGAAAAUUACGUUCGACCUUUGUAUAAGCAAAUCUUGAAUAUUAAUCAUGCGACAAUGGCUUUUAUCGGGAUACCAAUAGUAGCAGCACAUAUGCACAUGUAUGAUUUACAGGCCCGUUUUGCGUUAAAAUUCAUCUCAGGAAGGAAAAAAAUGCCAACCAAAUCUACAAUGCAACAGGAUAUGUUAGCAAAAGAUGCAGAUCGUCGAAAUAAUAACAUUCCCCGAAGCAGAUCUCACGUUUUAUCAUGGAAUCACAAAAAGUAUUAUAGAGAACUGUCAAACACUGCUGGAAUCACAAAUGUACCAGAAGUCAUAUCAGAUAUAUUUACUAAUGGAUUGGAAAGUCUUAAAAAAGAUGCACGUGAAUAUCGGACUUAUAAAUAUAUCAUAAAUGAUGACGGAACAUUUGAUAAAGUAAAAGAAUAGAUUCAACUUGAAAUAUUAUAUUCAGUGGAACAAAUAUUGUUGCUUGAAUUUGAAAAUGUUCUUACAAUAACAAAGCUAAAUUAACAAUUAAUAAAAGAAAGAAUG